AUGUCGAACGAAGAUGGUGAUUCUGUUACAGAAGAUAUUUCAAUUCUUGAAGUUGAACAGUGCGAAGACGAAGAGCCAGAACCAACAAAUGAGAACGUCAACGUGGGCCACCCGUGGCCAUAUCUUUCCGAUAUGUUUGCUAUAAAGUCAAUAAGCAAAACGAAUGCGAAGGUAACCUGUUUACUCUGUGCUCCCAAGUACAAGGAAUGCAGUUCAAGUUUGUCUUCUUUGUCGAAUUUGCGCACACACGUCAAGGUAGGGAUCUUCCAAAUUUAACAAACAUAAAUUCAUAAUUACUAAUUAGUUACAAAUAACUAUGAAUAGUUUUAUUUUAUUUAAAUAUGUAUAACAUAACAUAUAAUGUUGUAUAAUUUUCCCAUUACUAUUAUUGAGCUAAUAGUAUUUAUCGAACUCUGGGGACGGAAUGUGACUGCUAUCAGUUAUAUGUCCUCUCAAGAAUAAAAAUCCCAUCAGAAUGAGUAAUACUGUGAACAGGUCAGUUACAUUUUGUUUAUUGUGUUGGGGCACUCAACUCCCUAUAUCUGACCCCUUGAUUAUGAAAGAUAUUCCAUUCUGUUGUUUAAUAUUAUUGCAUAAUUCAACGCUUUAGAGAGUUCAUCAACAUAAAUUAUCUGCCUUCAACAAGCUAUGUGAUGAGGCUAAAACUAAAAGAAAAAUGCCUUCAAGGAAAAGGAGUAAUAGUGAUGCCAGAGACAGUGGAGGACCAUUUGCUCCUAAACAACAAAAGUUGGAUGCUGUGCUUUCCUCUCAAGUUAAAUACAAUGCCAAUUUGGUUACUCAAGCCCAAGUGGAUGAUUUGCUGAUCAAGUUCAUGACAGAAGCUCUUAUGCCGUUCUCAUUGGUUGAACAACCUGCAUUUAAAGAAUUUGUGUUAGGACUUCAACCAAAUCGAUCAGUAAUGUGCAGAGCUACAGUGGUACGGCGAAUCAGUGACAAAGCCAGUCUAGUGAAGAAAAAUUUAAAAGAAGCCAUGGAUAAAGUUGAACAUGUUGCAACAACUACGGAUUGCUGGAGUGCUCAUGGCCGUUCAUUCAUUGGUGUAACUGGACAUUGGAUUGAUCCCGAGACUUUGGAGAGAAAAAGUUGUGUUCUUGCUUGUCGGCGUCUCAAAGGUAAACACACAUAUGAUGUACUUGCUAGCCAGUUGGAAGACAUUCAUACCGAAUUUGAAAUAAGAUCCAAAGUUUCUAAAACCACAACAGACAAUGGAUCAAACUUCGUAAAAGCCUUCUCUGUUUUUGCUGAACAAGAACAAGACAAUCAUGAUGAUCCAGAUAAAGAUGAAGAGUGUCAGUUUGAAGAUGUUUUUGAUGAUUUAACACAGGCGAGUGCAGGUCUGGAGUACCAGCUUCCACCACAUCAACGUUGCGCAGCACAUACUCUUAAUCUUAUUUCAACAUCUGAUGCAGAGAAAGCUGAGGCUGAUGGAAACUACAAACGACUUAGCAGGAGUACCUUUGCAAAGUGUUCCAGCCUCUGGAAUAAGAGCUCCCGCUCUGUUCAAGUUGCAGAAAUGGUUAAAGAGAAGUGUGGCUUAAGUUUGAUCAAACCAAAUGCAACUCGAUGGAAUUCCAUUUUUAUGGCUGUCCAACGCAUCAAUCGAAUCAUCAAGGAAAAAGGAGAAAAUGUCAUUCAUAGUGUCUGCUCCCUGGCAGAUGUUCCUAAGUACAGUAUACUUUAUAAUUGUAACUUUGUGCAUGGGAUGGUUGACUGAAAUUAUGAUUUACGAACAUAUACACUAAACACUCAGCAUAUGACAUAGUAGAAUUUAGUGAGCUAGCUAAGUGUAUUUGUUUCUGUUUAGAUUUAAACCUGCAGAAAUUUCAUUCCUUAAUCAUUAUGCUCAAGUGAUGAAACCAGUGGCUCAAGCACUUAACAUUUUACAGGGAGAAACAAACCACUCGAAUGCAUACAUGGGUUAUCUAGCACCAACGAUAACUAUACUGAGAGAUAAGCUUUCAAAGAAGUUGGAUGUUCCAGUUACGAAACCAUUGGUCCAAGAAUUAUUAAAUGGAAUUGAUAAGCGAUUUGAUUCAAUACUAAAUGACAAAAAGAUCAUUGCUGCUGCAAUUCUUCACCCCAAAUUUAAAGAAAGCUGGUCUACUGAUUGUGAUGUUAUUGAAAGAGGUAACAAAUACAAUACAACUUGAAUAUGAAGUGAAUUAGUAAGGAUUCCCAUUAUAGACAGCAUGGAUUUAUUUAAACUUGUGGGAUUUGUUUAUAAAUUUUAGGCAUUUCCUUCAUAAAUGAGAAAUUAGAGGGUUUGGUAGAACCAGUAGUUGAUGAACCUGGACAGUCCUCUUCAGAGGAUCAAGAUGAGACAGAUUUCUUCCAAGCUAAGAACAGGAGAUCAAGUGAUUGUACUUUAAAGUCAUUUCUUGAGAGUCCUGUUGAAAAACUUUGUGAUUAUGCAAGAUGGCCCUUGCUUCGCAAACUCUUUAUUGAGCUCAACACACCAUUGCCAGCCAGUGCUGCUUGUGAAAGACUUUUUAGUGCUGGUGGAUUGAUCUUCAGGCCACAUCGCUCAAGCAUGACGGAUACAAAUUUUGAAAAUUGCAUCCUGGUGAAAUGUAAUAAAGACUUUCUUUGA